AUGUUCAGGCAGCCGUCCUCGCUACAGCUGGGCCCCUGGAGUCAGAGGGACAGGUUUAGACAAGACCUCACCGCCAGCAGGUCCCCACCAAGCACCCCACCUCACCGCCAGCAGGUCCCCACCAAGCACCCCACCUCACCGCCAGCAGGUCCCCACCAAGCACCCCACCUCACCGCCAGCAGGUCCCCUCCAAGCACCCCACCUCACCGCCAGCAGGUCCCCUCCAAGCACCCCACCUCACCGCCAGCAGGUCCCCACCAAGCACCCCACCUCACCACCAGCAGGUCCCCACCAAGCACCCGAGAGAAGAGCCUUUGA